GAAUUUUUUCUAUGUUUUUAAGAAAGGUGAUAGUUUUUUUACCCAUUUUUCCCAUCAUUUCUAUUGCCAAUUUGCGAGCCACUUUUUUAUUACUUUUUAAUUUUUACAUUUUUAUCUUUGGUGAAUUCUCACUUUUACAUAAUAGUCUCCAACGGAAAGACGACGGAGGACGGUGCCCUUAAACCUGUGUAUCAGGCUCAGUUCCGACCGCCACAACGCCGAUCACUCUCAAAUUCUCUCUGGUACUUUAACACUCGACCAACGAUGAAUUCGGCAGAACAAAUCAAUCCGACCAAACCGGAGAGGAGCACAAAGUUAGUGUCUUUCCCCUCCGAUUUGAUGAUUCUGGCCAAUAAAGCGGCGGAGGAGGAUGAGUCGUUACAAAAUGAACAAGCUGGGACUCAGGGAAAGCGAGAGCUUAUGAUGCAACGAAAAGCUAAAUCAACAACAGCAGCAAAAUUUCUUAAAGAAGCUAAAUUGAACAAAGGUCUUGAAUUGUACCAAAUUUAUAAGAGGAAGAAAAGAGUCAACGAGUCUGGUCUUGGAGGUUGCACUAGGUUUCUUAGGAACAACAACUUGUCUCCUACUCUUCAACAUUUGUCUUUUGGAGAUUUAGUGGUUCUGGCGAAUGCAGCAUCGAUUGAUGGUGCCCGAGAAGUGUCUAAGGACGUGGUGGUGGAAGCGGCAGAAGAGUAUUUCCCGGAGAGAGUUGAGGAAGGUAAGCAGAGAGAAUCUGGCGACAUGGACUGUGGAGGAAGUUGCUUUGUGUUAUCUGAGGAGCUGCUGAAAAACCGAGAGUUGAUGCUACAAAAGGGUGAAGCAGCACCAGUGAAGGUUGUUGAAGAAGUUAAACCAAAGAGCGAUCCUUCUGAUGGUUUUCGUGAUGACAAAUUGUUUAAGAAGAAGUAUGUCCGGAGGACAAGAGUGAAGAACAAGGAGCAGCUGGAAUCGACAUCAGUUGGAGCGGUUGCUGGAACUUGUAAUCUUGUCAAGAAGUUGUGCGCACUCAAACCGUCAAGCCUCUUAACUAAUGUGGAUGCAGCAGAGAGAGAAGAAGGGCUGUUGUACAACAAUGGUGAAACUCAAUCAAAAUCUGAACAAGGUCCUUGCAGCGGAGUUAACAACAAGACGAAGAGCGGAGAUGAGACAGAAGGAAACGCAGCUGCAGUUUCCGGGGAAAAGCAGUCUGUUUGUCUUUAUUCAGCAUGGGAACGAGAAUAUCCCAAGAGAAAACGCAGUCUACUGAUAAGAAAACCCAAGGAACCGAAGAAGACAUUGGGUAAGAGCAGAGAAGGAAAGGAACAAGUUUGUGACCAAAUCGACAUUUCUGAACAAGAAGCUGAGACAGAGGAGGAAGGGGAUGUUUCUGAUGCAUCUAACUCUUCUAGUCGCAACUUGUGUAGUAGUUUCAUCUUCAAUGUUCAAUGGAGCAACAAGAGGAAGAGAAAUUGCAUGAAACUAGAGGAAGCACAGAGCAACCGCGCAAUCCUUCUUAUUGCUGUUGAAGCAAUCACCAAUCAUUUGGGUCUCUUAGACAUUAGCAUUUAGGAGAAGAGCUCUUAGCAUAGUCUUCUUAUUUUGUAUCUACUCUUAGCACUGUAGACUACUUUUGUAUCUAGUCUUAGUACCGUAGAGACUAGUUAAGAGAUAAUAUAAUAUAAUCUUUUGAUGUAAAUCAAA